UUCAGUCUUCUUCUUCUUCAGUCCUUAUACUUCCUCUUUUUUUUUAUCUUCAAUUGCAAAUAUCCCGCGAUAUCAGCCGCGGGGACCGCCUCAAUGGAGUGUAUAUGAUGCUUGCUCCAGUCACGGAACCAGCCCGUGCAAAUCAGCUAGCGAAAUCAGCCACAGGGAUCCUUGAUACUGCACACGGCUGCCUGUACAUGCCGAUCCCUGAGGGGGAAACAAAAUCCAGCAGGUGGAAAGUAGGAUGGGCCUCUCGGAAUGGGAACACCCUCGUUGCCGAAGAGUUUCACUGAAUGCAUUCCACUUGUGUACAACACUUCGGAUAUGUACUGUGAAUGGGUGGACGAUUGAUUCUUUAUCUUCUUCUUUUCUUCUUUCUUCUUUUAUCCUUUUUUUGGAUCUUUCAAUUCUUUUCUAUACUUUUUCUUCUUUUUUGGUUUGCACAUGGUUUUCAAGCAAGAACACAAAAAGAUCGACUUCUCCUCAUCCGAGACUCUUUCUUCUCUUAUUUUUUUUUUGCAUAUGCUUUUGUACAUGGCUUCUUUUUUGGUUUUCGGUUUUUGCAUAUGGUACUUUAGAAGGGAUGCAUUUUGUUUUCGGAAUACCCCCCCUGGUCGAUGGUCCAGUCAUCGAACCCCCCCCAGGGAUGGGAUGGAUGGAUGGCCCUGUCCUAUCUGGGUCUUGUUUAUGAACAGUGGGCGUUUUAUGUAUACUUGCACUUACUGCAAGUCCUGUGAUGUUUUUUUUUUUUUUUCCUUUUUUCGGAAUGUUUCAUACCCCCCUGUGUCUGUUAGAGUUUUGCAAUCACUUUGCCUACAUGAGACAUCCAGUAAAAUCUACAUAAGCGUGUAGAAACUAGUUACAAUAUUAAGUAACU